CGGUUCUCUAGCCGCUACGCACUGAGUCGCCAUCGCGGAACUGGGAAACGCAGAGAGAUUAGGUCCAUCUUGUUUCGGCAUUGAGUGAGAAGCAGACCGACCAGAAGAUGUUGCUGUACGCGAGUGAAGGUCUAGGAUUCUAAAUUUGCGCUUGUGAUGUGAAGGUAAAAGUGCCUUCAGAGACACAUGUACAGUUGUGAGUUGUAUCCAUUAGUUAACUGCUAUUUGAAAUAGUGGCUGAAAGUGAUGGAGUAGCUGCUGCGAGGUGAAUCGAUCCAGGUGAUACUUAAAUUACCGAUCCUGUCAGAGAGAACGUGAGGCGAGUAACUUCCAUGGCAAAUCCAAUCUCAUAUUACGAGCUCGGGGUAGUUGCUGGCGCAAGCAGGAGUUGAGGCUGGGACACGAAUGCACUGCGCCAACCCUGACACAAUUCAUUGUCAACUAGUUUAAGGCGGUUUCCGGAAUUCGGUGAAUUUUACUGGAUUUGUACUGUAGAGUAUGAGGAAUAUGCAGGACAUAUGGUUCCCGAGCAAAGUUUGAACCUAUACGACGAGUUUCAGACAUUCCUAACCCACUUAUAACCCACUUCGAUUGUCGCAUUCUUGCUGAUUUCGGUUCCGAAUUGGUCAAGGUCAUCCUCAAACCGCGUGCGGAGGUCACACAUGCAUUUGUGUCUAUCCUAGGAUCCAGCGGUUGACUUGUAACAAAAUUACGGGCAGGUGAGCCCCGGAGAUUCAAACCUACCAGGUGGUAAUACGCGAAGCAGCUCAAGGCUAUUCGUUGCGUUCCUGCAGGCUUGUGUAAUACGAUUAGUUCUUACAUGAGGUCCUCAGAUUUCUAAGCAGUUUACCAAGUCUAGCUGUAGAUUCGCUUGAUGUAACUUUUGACGCUGAAGAAAGGCUCAUCAGAUGAGUUACACGUACGUUCGGCUCUGAACAGUUAUUUGCCGCUCAGAAAAGAUAAGUGGGCAGUCGGGUAGCUUCUUCUGCAUUACCAUUUUGUCUAAGCGGUUCAGGGUCAACCUAUUUCGGCCAGUUUUUUUGCUUUUAGAUCGAAGUUGUAGUUUUCGUAGUUUCUGCUGUUCGAAAAACAUUGAGUACUGUGUGUUUAGUGGCUGAAUCUGUAACCUUUGGAAGAAAUCUGGUGUUGCAUUCUGGAUCAGGAAAAACAAACCAGGACUUGUGAGUUUUACGGCGUUUUCAGAAUCGGUAGUUUGUUUUGCGCCUUCUCGCUGCGGCGUGUGUUGAAGUUUCUUUUUCGGCGUGUAGUAUAUAGUAUUCACAGCUACGGAUGACGGGAUCACAACAGUCUGCUUGCAUUUGGCAUAACAUUUCCACCGUCAAUCGCACUUGAAGGUAGUGAGCAACAAAUAUUAGAACUCCAUUGCAUGAGUGACAGCUAAGGGAGACUUUUGUCAAUAACUCACUGCACCGACCAUUGCCGACAAGUUCGUAGCUAGUACCUGGGGUUGGAUUCUGUCCGAAUUAUACAUCGUCAAUCUGUAGUUAGGUUCCAGGAAGAGCAGCAAUGGCGAGGGUGGCAUUGCUGUCGUUGCUGGUUCUUUCGAUGACGGCAAGUGCUGCAAUUUGUGUUGGCGGAUUAGGAGUGAACUGGGGUAAUCAAGCCUUCAACCCGCUACCUCCCAAGGAUGUAGUGAAGCUGCUGCAAAUGAACAGUGUAACGAAGGUAAAGAUUUUCGAUGCGAAUUACGAUAUACUCAAAUCCUUGGUUGGCUCUGGGAUCGAGGUUAUGGUCGCCGCUCCAAACUACGCGCUCUACGAUCUAGCCAAUAACCCUAAUGCUGCUACAGAGUGGGUGAAGCAGAACGUGACGCGUUUCAACUUCAAAGGCGGUGUUGAUAUCAAAUGGGUGGCAGUGGGCAAUGAACCCUUCUUGACGGCCUACAACGGUUCAUACCUCAACACGACACUUCCAGCGUUCCAAAACAUGCAAGCUGCUUUGGAUGCAGCAGGGCACACCGGAGUGAGGGCUAUCAUCCCGUUCAACGCCGAUGUGCUCACAAAUGUGAAGCCUUCCGCAACUACGUUCAAGCCAGAGUACAUAGCUCAAAUAGGGCCCAUGUUGGAGAUUAUGAAUCGCACAGGAGCACCGUUCUGCAUGAAUUUGUACCCCUACAUUAGUUUAUACAUGGAUUCAGGAUACCCAGUCGAUUACGCAUUCUUCAGUGGAACCACAAGCCCCAAUGUCGAUGGCGCAAUUACUUACCAAAAUGCACUUGACGCCAGCUUGGAUGGGUUGGCUUCGGCGCUUUCCAAGGCAGGGUAUCCAUCAAUGCCAAUCAUGCUUGGGGAGAUAGGAUGGCCCACUGAUGGUGCUCGCUCUGCCACUGUGGAUCUUGCGGGAAGAUAUAUGCAAGACAUGAUCACGCAUUUGCAGAGUGGUAUAGGGACGCCUUUAAGGCCUAACGUUUUCGUCGAGUUUUAUCUCUUCGGUCUCCUGGACGAGAACAGCAAGAGCAUUGCUCCAGGACCGUUUGAGCGACAUUGGGGGGUGUUUUACUACGAUGGAGUUGCAAAGUAUCCUCUCAAUCUUGCAAGCGGCACCACCAACGCAGCGACAGCGAUUAAGAGCCUUGUCAACCCACCCUACAUGGCGGAGCAGUUCUGCGUACUGAACACAUCUGUCAUCGACAGAACAAAUUUAACCCAAAACGUCGAUUACGCGUGCGGGAUUGCGGACUGCACCGCCUUGAACAAUGGAUCGACGUGCGCGACUCUGGCGGAGCCCGCAUCAUACGCAUUCAACAGUUACUUCCAAGCCAUGAGCCAGGAUCCCGGGGCUUGCAACUUCCAAGGCUACGCGAUGAUUGUCACCGAAAAUCCUUCCCAAGGCGCCUGCCGGUUCCCAAUCUCGUUAGUACCGACGACGGGAUCCAGUUCUGGUGCACCAAGUUGGAGACUCUCAUCAGCAGCAUUAACCUUGGCUCUCGUUUUAUCGUCACUAGGUGUGCUUUGGCCCAUAACUUGAUGUUAGCCUCUAUCGCCAAGUUUGUUUGUUUGUUUGUAUGUAUGUAUGAUAGCAAAACCGAGAAGGAGGCUCUGCUUCUUCAUCUUCCCAGCUGAAUCAUGCUCGGAACACUUGUUCUAAAGAGGGCAGUGCUCUCAUGGGGGUGCUAGAAAAAAAGCCUAGUUUUCCUCCAAAUUUGCACCCAGUGUGGGUGUGGGUGUGGGUGGGUGUGUUUUCUGUUCUGCGAGGAUGGCGAUUUGCGUGUUCGUGGACACGAUACAUAUUCAUCGUAACGCUGAUUCUUCCUCUUUCUUUAGAGUCAGGCUCCCUUCAUAUCACAGUGCCUGCCUGCCUGCCUGCCUGCCUGCCUGCCUGCUCCACACGGCUUUGCAUACCCCGGUCAUGGAUCCCCCCUAGAGGUCCCCAUCCCCGGGUGUGGCCUUCUUUCGGGGGUUCUCCGUUUAGAACACCAGUGAGUGAUUGUGUGUGUGUGGUGGGUAUUGUUACUAUUUUGAGAUGCCAUCUUUGGGAAGGAGAAUCCUUGGGGCUCUGUUAAACUGCUCAAAUAAAUAAAAUGACAUGGAGAAAUAGCUACAAGUGUAUUUA